UUCUCUUUAUUUCCUUUUUAUCACAAACACACCUUAUCUCUUUUACUUCUUUUAUUACUCUUACAGAACAAUGAACGUGUGUACUACCGAGAUGGAAGGCGUGCGUCGUCAUCGUCACUCGAUGUCCGAGGGCCGUCGUCACAAUAGCAACGCAACCACAACAACCACAACGAGUUCAUAUGAUAAUUACAGUUUUUACACAACAACGUCAAGAAAUUCUUCUUUUGAAGUGAUCUUCUCAAGACUACUCGAUGUGCUUAUUUUUACUUCAGCCAUUGCAAUCACAGCCUACAGUUAUCUGACCGGCACACUUGGUCAACCGUUUGUUGAACCAAAACCAGUACUAGUUGGAUAUCAAAAGAGACCUGUGCCUAUCAUGGCUGAAAAGAGGAAUCAUUACGAUCCUAUUGAAGAAGCCAAAAAGAAGCGUACACAAGAAUGGGCAGAGCAACAAGUGUCGCAAAAGAGAAGGUCCUGUUCAUCGCUGGUAGAAAAGAAGGUUCAACCGCUGCUCUCUGACGGAGAGAUGAAACGCGAAAAGAAGAGAACGCUUUCUUUACCAGAAUCUAAACCCGAUGAAUUAUUAUCACUUGUACAAUCCUUGAUUCAACAAGGGCAAGAUGCUUUGUCUACACCAGUUGCCUACAAUGGUUCCACAUAACUAUAAUAUUCACAAAAAAAAAAAAUACAAACAAAAAAAAACCCAAAAAAAUCAUUCUGUAUAUUUUCUUUUUCUCUUUUUUUUUUUCUUUGCCCAAUCUAUGUUUAUUCUACACACACACACAUACACACACACACACACACACACGCAUGUAUAUCAUUCAAUCAUUCCACCCCUAUUUUUUUUAAUAUUAAAA